AUGUGGGAACUUGAGACUAUUGACCAAGGAAGACAUAUUUUAAGGAUAGGUGAAAAUGCUGCUUCUAUUAAUAGCCUGCUAAAGGUGAUUGUAGUGCUUACUUCACUAUUUGAAGCAAUAACACUUCCAGUGUUGGUCUCUGUGGCCUGGGUAUUUAUUUACCAAAUUAAACAAAAAAUGAAUGGUAGCGAUUUUAAAGUGUGUAUGGAGGCUACACAUGGCUCUAUUUUAAAGCUUUUCAUGGAUUUAUACCUCAGGUAUAAAAGAUUAUCCAAGGGUAUGAUUGCAUUCAUCUUUCUAUUAUUUCUAGCAAUUAUAUUAGGGAAAAAUAUACCAAAUAUUAUGCUCUCUGGGAUUAUUGGAUUGUAUGAUUUUACCAACAUUGUGUCUUCUAAUGUUACAUUCUUUAAUAAUGAUUCGAAUUGUAUUUACACAUCAUGCACUUCUGACUUGACUGAAGAAAAAUUUGCAUUGGUUGCAAAUUCCACUACAAUGCAAGAUAUUAUGCGUAAAAAUUAUGUGCAAAACACUUAUUGGGGUUUAAAUAAUACUUUGUAUGCUGUGCGUGCCAAAGUUAAUGCAAGAUCUUGUGUUUUAAGUAUAGGAGAUGGAAUUGGAGCAGUAAGUAGUGAUAAUCUGAAGAAUGUGACGGAUAUUCCUACAAAUACUGGAAUGUUUACUGGUGGCUAUAGUGGUCAUACUCCCACAACUAAAAGUAUUGGUCUAAUUUCUUAUGUGAAUGAUAUGUUUUUGAGAGUCAGUACAUCAGAUAGAUGUGAUAUAUCUAUGAAUUUGUUUUAUAUUUCCCCCGAUUUUCCUCUCAAUGUUAUGAAGAUGGCAAAGUGGUUAUCUGAUGGUGGAUAUUCACAUGAUAAAGAUUUUAAUCGUUUUUGCAUAGUAUCCAUGCAAUGUAAUGUAACCAUGGAAUGGAAACAAAUGCAAAUAUCUGGAAGUACACCAGAUGAUCUAAAAAUAUUGGAGAUGCAAUUUAAUAACACCAUACAAAAAUUGAGAGAGUUGAUUUCUACCAAUGUGAAAGACAGUGAUCUGAAUGGAAAAUGGUUUGGAGAAAGUCUUCUUGAUAGUGCUGUAGAUAGAUUGACAUCAAUGUUAACAAUAUGGAGAAAUGAUAUCAAAUUCAAAAGGAGUAAUGACAGUUACAAUUUUUUUGAUCAGUUUGGUGAUAUCAUAUCACAAUCAUUGGCAUCAUCUAUACAAUCCAUCAUGAACAAUGUCAGUGUUGAUGUUGAUAAGAAAGAAAUAAUAACAGCUCCAGGACUUUGGAUAGAGGUCACUGUUCUAGUAUUUGCAAUAUUGUUGACCUGUAUUAUUUCAAUGCCCAUUUUGUCAAUUAGAAAUUCAAACAUGUUAUUGCCACUUAGUGUACUGGAUUUUGAAAUCAUAUCCAAUUCUAUCUUUAGAGAGCAUAAUUAUGAUGGCAACUUUAAUCAAAAACUUUCUUGGCCAUUUGAAGUGAUUUAUUUACAAGAUAAAUCACAUCAUUUGAUUUCAGCAAAUGAAUUAGAUGAUGAUUAA